AUGUCAACAAGAAAUAAUUUAGCUCAAAAACCAACAGAUACAAGAAGUUCAAUAUUAAGAAGAUAUGGAUUAUUUGCAUCAAUAGCAAUAGCACUUUUUUUAAUAGGUAAAAAACAUAUAGCAUAUAAAAAAGAUCAAAGACAUAAAUUAGAAAGUGAUUCAAAUAUAGAUAACGACCACGAUAAAAAUGAAUUUGAAAUUGGUUAUAAGAGACCUGGGUUUCCUGAAAAUAACCCCAAUUUAAAUUAUGAUGAUUUUAAUAGAGAAAGUAAAUAUAUUGGAAUUGGAGAUGCUUAUAGUUCAAGAAGACCAGGAGAUAGAUUAAGUCUUUAUAAUAUUUUAAAACAAAAAUAUUGGCCUGAUGAUAUUGAAAAAGAAUCAAAUUAUUAUUCUCCAAGUCAAGAUGAUAAAAUUAUUAAAUAA